AUGGCUCCAACAAGCACUCGCUCCUCCUCAAUCUCGUCUGUCUCUUCCUCCAGCUCCAAAUCCUCCUCCGAUGGCAUCAAGAAAAAGUUUGGCUGCAGCCAUCCAGGCUGCGGAAAGUCCUUUUCCCGCUCCGAGCACCUUCACCGUCACGCAUUGAACCACAAGGACGGCAACAACACCUGUCUGCGCUGCAGUGCCCAUUUCCGCCGCCGUGACCUGCUCGACCGACACAUGGCCCGCCACAAGGAAAAGGACGACGAAGCAGGAGGAGAAGGGCUCGGGAUACUAGCUACUAGAAAAAGACUCUGGAGAGACGCGGACGGAAACAUCGUGAAUGCCAGAAGACCCUCAUACGUCCAGGACGGCACCAAGCGACGCGCGCUCUCCCGCCCUGAACGCAAAUCCUCUUCCUCCGCAGACUCCUCCCCCCAGAUUCCAAUGUCGCGAACCGGAUCCACAGCCUCAUCAACAAUCAUCGUCGACACCUCCUCGCUCUCAUCAGUCGACUCACCCAGCUACGCCUCCCCCCUUCCCCACUCCAAGCUCUCAAAACCAGACCUGUCCUCUCUCUCACUUAAGGACAACCCGAACCAAGACUCCCAAUCCUGGCUCACGCUCGCGGCGCUGCCCUCCCCACCCAUCUCCAGCUCCUCGGCGUCCACCUCGGAACACCCGGACGACGCCUCAGAACUCGACGCCCUGUACGAAGACACCUGGCCCCUCUCCCACAACGGCCUGCCCGAAAUCGUCAACGAUUCUCCCGUUCUGGGGCGAGCGUCCGAGUACCCCGCGAGUCCGAGUUGGGGCCCGCAGCCGUUCCAGACGUUCAUGGGCGCGAUGGCUGAGCCGCAGGGCCUCUUUGAUGAUGUGUUUAAGAGCGAGACUGGGUACGAGUGGUUGAGUGGCGGGCAGUGGAGUGGUAGCGGGAUGCAGGCGAUGAGCAGGUGUCGAGAGGAGAAGUACGACCCGCUGUUGUUUAACAAUGAGGGGGAGAGGAAGAGGGAGUGGAGUUCGGCUUUCAAUGAGAGCGGGCUGGGGUUUAGGAGGGGGUUCGGACUGGGUACUGCGUAA